AAUAUUUAUUUAUUUAUUUAUUUAUAAAUUCGCUAAUCUCCCGUAGAUUAGCUUUAUAAACUACUUGUGUUUAGGAAUCCCUACUUUGUGAGCGAGCAGCUAUACCCGGAAGAAACCCUCUUACCAUUGAUAGACAGUAGUGUUGAGAUGAUUAAAGGAGGCAAAAAAUCAUCCGUGCUAACACUUGCUGAAAAAUGCAAGAAUAUAUUGGCAUCUAAUUGGCAAGGUUACCUUAAUACUGUCAAGGCUGAUGUUAAAGGAAGCAAAGAGGUAAUAUACACUUCAAAAGUCCGCUAUUUAGUCAAGAGAGGCAAGCCCUACAUCUGGCUACCCGAAAAUGAUAUGCACAAUGUGAACACAUUGAUAGAUGAGCGUGGUUCUUUUGCUGUGACCAGUCCCUUCCCAGGACCACUGGCAAAUUGUCUCAAGUCAAUCAACAAACUACCAGCUCGGGUUGCUUUCGUGGGUGAAGUUCUGCCUCUUAAAGAUGAAAAGGCUAGGUUGCCUGAAGAGAGCCUCAAGGAAGUCAUAUCAUCUGAAAGGAGCAUGACAGAUAAGUUCUGUUACUCCGUUUUGGGUAUACUGAGUUCGUCACGCGUUGGUGCUACAUGCCGAGCUGACAAUCUCCAGGAAUUACUUGAUUCAGACAAAAGAUAUAAUGUCCUCAAGUUCAACCCAAGUUUGUGCAUGUAUAUUGAUAGCAAUGGAGGGGCUCAUGAAGUAGAUCUAAAGGAAGUCCAAGCAACAAAACCUGAUCCUCUUUCAUCACAUACCGUGAGCCUGAUUGAUGGAAUUAAUCAAAGUGAGGCGAGGCGUAGAGCUCUAAUUCUCUUCUGUAUCGUGCACUUGAAUAAGAACGCAAAGGACGCAUAUCUUCUUUCCAUAGAUCGGAAAGGACUUGAUGUGCUGGGAAAAGUUUUAGGUCCAAUAAGGAGCGAUGGUUCUCGUGAAUAUCAGUGGAGGGAGUUCAGAAUUGAAUUCAGAGAAGAGGCUCACACAGUUGAAACAUUCUGCAGUCAGCUUGUUGAAAUGGAGGAGGAAUCACUUAAGAAUAUCUCCAACUUUAGUGGUAUAUAAAUAAGGUAAUUCAGCAUGAGACCGACGGGUUUGGAGAGAAGAGAGCAAGGAGAAACUUUGAUGUGGAGACCCCACCAAGAACAACUGCAACAUGGGUCACUUUUUACUGUGAAGGGAACUGCGGAAGAGGGCACUGGCUAGGAACAGAAGGAUGAACUAUAUUAUAUUGCAGAUGUGUGAUCAUGUGAUCUGGGAUGUUUUCGUAUCUGUUGUAACCUAGAUCAUAAAAUAAUAGUAACCUUAGCUAAGCCAUGACACCUGAGUUUGAGGUAUGUUAUUAGUUGUGAUGUAAACUGUUAAAAAACUGAUCCUGGGUGCGAGCUGCAUACCCUCACCUAUAAGGUAAAAAGACAAAUAUAUCCUUAAAUUAUGAUAAAUGGUGAUAAAUGAAAUGUAUAUAUCCUCCAUUGUACUUUGAGUA